AUGACCUGGGCAGACUUCAUUCAAGCAUUUGGAAAUAAAUACUACAGUACAGUUGUAUUGGCAACCAGAGUGGAUGAGUUUGUGACUUUGGUUCAAGGGAACCUUUCCGUUACCGACUACGCUCAGAAGUUUGACAGGUUGGCUAGGUUUGGACCUGAAAUUGUACGAACCGAAGCCAUACGAGUCCAAAGGUUUAUGAGGGAACUUAAGCCAAUGGUUGCUAGAGAUGUCAAGAUGACCCGUGUUGAGGUGGUUAGUUAUGCUAAGGUUUUGAAUAAGGCACAUGAAGCGGAGUACUUGGAGGUCUGUAUAUGGAAGGACAAUGUUGCAAGAAGGGAGGCCAACAGAAACAAGGGCUUCCAUGAGGGCAAUAAAAGGAAGGCCCAUGAAGGGCAGAGCAGUGGCAAUGACAAGAGGCCUAGACCCCUGGCCACGAAUGACAAUAAUCACAAAAAUCAUAACCAUCACAACAACCGUAAUAGUCACAACAAUGAUCGUAACUGUGGAAACCACCAAGAGAACAAAGUUGAAUGCCCUAGCUGCCCUAAAUGCUCGCGUCAACAUUUGGGAGAAUGUCAAGCUGACACCAACAAGUGUUACAAGUGCGGUCAGACAAGCCAUCUAAAGAAGGAUUGCUCACAGUGGAAAGCAGGGCAGGGCAGUAACAGCAACCUAGUGCCAACAAGUGUCUUUGCAUUGACCCAAAAGGAAGCAACCAAUAGUAACACCAUGGUCACAAGUCAGCUCCCUAUUUCUGGUAUGAUAUGUAGAGUCCUUAUUGAUUCUGGAGCGACUCACUCUUAUGUUGCUAUGAAUGUAAUUGAUAAACUGAGAUUGCCUUGUAAAUUAUUUGAGCGUAGUUUUAGUAUCAUGUUACCAUCAGGAGACAUUAUGUCAUCAGCUAGGUGGUUACAGUCAGCUUCUAUAAUAGUUGAGGGCAAAGAGUGCCCAGCAGACCUCAUAGAGUUAGACAUACCAGACUAUGACACUAUACUUGGCAUGGAUUGGUUAGCCAAAUAUAGAGCAAUGAUAGAUUGUCGGCAAAAUACCGUAGAAUUCAGACCGAAAGAUGGAGAACUCUUUUCUUUUAAGGGAAAAGUGGUAGGAUUUUGUAUGCCCAUUAUAACGGCACUGUCAACUCAAAACAUGAUGUAG